CCUCUCUACUACUUCUUCUACGGCACGUUGACCUCCCCCGCGACUCUCCAGCACAUCCUAGAUCUCCCCACUGAGCCGACUCUCCGCAAAGGCAAAGUGAUCGGCUACGCCCUCGCGAAAUGGGGCGACUACCCGGCCUUGAUUGAUGGAACACCAGGCUGA